GGCGGGGGUCUGGAGGAUGGGGGCGGGAGGAACAACGGGCCGGUGAGGAGCAGCCGCCGCCGUCUCCGCCGGCGCUUCGGCAGCCGCCGCGGUGGUCGCCUGGGGCACCGCCGCUCGCUCUCCGGGCCAUCGCCUCCCAUCCCUACAUCCCGCCCGGGGGAGGCUGAGGCUGAAGCGCGGCCGGCGGCAGGGGGACGGUCCGACCCCGCAGCGGCGCGGGUGGCCGCAGUGAUACCCGGCCUCGGCCCCACCGUCCGUCUUCGCCCUCGGCGUCCGCAGCCACGAUGAACCGGGGCGGCAGCAGCCCGUCGGCCGCCGCCAACUACCUGCUCUGUACCAACUGCCGGAAAGUGCUGCGGAAGGAUAAAAGAAUCAGAGUAUCUCAACCCUUGACAAGAGGACCAAGUGCCUUUAUUCCAGAGAAGGAAGUUGUCCAAGCAAACACGGUGGAUGAGCGUACUAACUUUCUUGUGGAAGAAUACUCUACAUCCGGUCGGCUGGACAACAUCACGCAGGUCAUGAGUUUGCACGCUCAGUACCUGGAGUCUUUCCUGCGGAGCCAGUUCUAUAUGCUGCGCAUGGACGGCCCCCUUCCUCUACCACACAGGCACUACAUCGCAAUAAUGGCUGCAGCUAGACAUCAGUGUUCCUACCUAAUAAACAUGCAUGUGGAUGAAUUUUUAAAGACAGGCGGUAUUGCUGAGUGGUUGAAUGGUUUGGAAUAUGUACCGCAAAGACUGAAAAAUCUUAAUGAAAUAAACAAGCUGCUAGCACACCGACCCUGGCUGAUCACGAAAGAGCACAUUCAGAAACUUGUCAAAACUGGAGAAAAUAAUUGGUCUCUGCCUGAACUGGUACAUGCUGUGGUCCUACUGGCACAUUAUCAUGCUUUGGCAAGCUUUGUUUUUGGUAGUGGCAUCAAUCCAGAGAGAGAUCCAGAAAUCUCCAAUGGGUUCAGGCUAAUAUCAGUCAACAAUUUCUGUGUGUGUGAUCUCGCUAAUGAUAACAGCAUAGAGAAUGCGUCCCUUACAGGCAACAACUUCGGGAUUGUCGAUUCUCUAAGUGAGCUGGAGGCCUUAAUGGACAGAAUGAAGAGGCUUCGAGAAGAGAGGGAAGAUGAAGAGGCAUCUCAGGAAGAAAUGACCACUCGUUUUGAGAAGGAGAAGAAAGAAAGUCUUUUCGUGGUCUCUGGAGACACUUUUCAUUCAUUUCCUCAUUCAGAUUUUGAAGAUGACAUGAUUAUAACAUCUGAUGUCUCCCGAUAUAUUGAAGACCCUGGUUUUGGGUAUGAGGACUUUGCCAGACGAGGAGAAGAACAUUUGCCAACAUUCCGAGCUCAGGACUAUACCUGGGAAAAUCAUGGGUUCUCCCUGGUGAACAGACUUUAUUCUGACAUUGGACAUCUUCUUGAUGAGAAGUUCCGCAUGGUCUACAAUCUCACCUAUAACACUAUGGCCACCCAUGAGGAUGUUGACACAACUACGCUGCGCAGAGCUUUAUUUAACUAUGUUCACUGUAUGUUUGGAAUCAGGUAUGAUGACUAUGAUUACGGAGAAGUUAAUCAAUUACUUGAACGAAGCCUGAAGGUUUACAUUAAGACAGUGACCUGCUAUCCGGAGAGAACCACCAAGCGCAUGUACGAUAGUUACUGGCGUCAGUUCAAGCACUCAGAAAAGGUUCAUGUAAAUCUACUUUUAAUGGAAGCACGGAUGCAAGCUGAACUACUUUAUGCGCUUCGUGCCAUAACUCGACAUUUGACCUGAAGCAUCAUCACCCAGCGAAAAUGUCCUAUGUGUGUAAAGACCUUUUCACACAAGAUAUACAUCAGAAGCUGUUUGUGAUGUAGCAUCAAAAAUUAUUCAAUCUCUAGUGUCAAAGUUUAGCCGUUCUUUUUGGCGGCUGUAAUGUGCAAUGAUGUGUUUUAUUUUUCUUGAUGCUUAACAUUACUAACAAUUGCAAAAAUAAUACUGAGGAGCACUACUUUGCAUUGUUUUAUAGUUGGAUUUUUUGGAUACUGAUCAUAAAUCAUGAACCUGGUUUAUUAAUGCUUAACUUCAGCGCUUUUGGAUUUGUAUGUAUGUGUAUUCUUUUCUUUUCUUUCCUUUUUUUUUUUUUAAAUAAGGAAAAGCGCUUACAAUCUGCUCAAGCAAUUGUUUUUCAGAUAUUGGAAAUACAGCACAGAAUGACCUCCUCUGGCCAUUCUAAACUUUUUAAUGUUGUGUCCUAAAUCUGGUGGAGGAAAAGCAUGCGCUGUUGAACUAAGCUGCUCACAGGACACAUAUCUGUGUCCCCAGGAGAUUAUUUGUCAGGCACUGUUUGUGUUUUUUUUUGUUUGUUUUUGUUUUUGUUUUUUUUUACUGCUAUUGGCGAUAACGUGAAAUGUGAUACAGCCAUUGUCCAUAAUUUAAUGUGAAAUUAAUCAUGAUGAAUUCUAUAGCAUGCUACUGAAAUGCCAAAUUCAGCUGUUUUCUUUCUCUUCUGAAACAGAAGUUUCCAUUUUCCUUAUCAGAUGUAUAUAUGAAAAGUGAAAUUAUGCACAAUCCUUUCUAUCACUGACAGCCAUCCUCAGUCACCGGAAUAAUCAGUGCUCACAGGGCUGCUCACAGUUCAUUCAGUCGGCACAUACAAGCCUGUACCCACACAUGAUUGACCAAAAAGUUUCUUUGCACAUUUUUCUUUUCUCAUAGUGUUUUCUAUAUUGCAGUAAGCAGAGGAAGGUUAAUAUACUUGUAUUUUUUCCUGGUAGGCCUUUAGAACUUCUUUCCCAUGAUUUUUCUUCUAAUAGGUUGAACAGUUGAAUAUUCAAAGGUAAAAAUUGUGUUUCUAUGCAUUAAUGUGAUUGAACAGCAACAACAACAAAAAAAGUGCAAUAUGUUGGGAAAAAAUACUCUGCUGGACUUUCCCCCCAUUAUGUCAUUGCAGAAGUGUCCUUUUGAACAGAGCCAUAAAGAAAUUUUGUUCCGAUUUCUUUAUCGCGCAAGGCUUUUGCCUUACUGGGGUUGAACGAUAUUCUUUUCCUAAUGCCAAAGCACCCCCUUCCCCAGGGAAAAAAAAAAAAUCUCUUUGGACAACUGGUUUUAAAAAGAUAUCAAGUCUUAGGGGAGGAAGAAGCAUCCAAAAAGUCACAUUUUUGCAUUGGUUUAUGUUGCUUGAUUAGACUAUCUUCACAGAGCACAACAUUAUGUGUUUAUAGCUUUAAUUUGUAUUGUGUUAAUGAACCAGUGAAGUGCCUAAAGAGAUGCUUACAGCUAUCCAGUAGGACACGAACUGCACUGCUUAAACACUUUUUGGUUAAUUAAGGGUGACUUGAAUUUUAAACAUGCUAAUUUUUUAAAAACCGCUCCAUUUGUUCAUAGUAAAUAAUAUCGUCAAAAUUCUCCAUUAGAGUUCCCACAAAGAUUUCAUCUUAGACUUACUUCCUUACUUGUCAUACAGGAGUUUUCUCUCAUGAAAGAAUCGUGGACAAGUGUUUUGUUAGAUCAUUUUGCCCUUCCAUUCAUCAUCCUUUUCUGGUACAACAUGUUAGGUUGCUUUCUUUUAGAUUUUGUUCCAGAUAAGAAAACAGAAAGAUGACUGUAAGCCUACUAAUAUGAGGUGGUUCUGCAUUUUUAGAUCCCAGGAUCUCAUUUGAAAUCUUCCAUGUGAGGAAAAAAUUACUAAUAUUUUUUAAGACAGGGUGGUUUAUUUAAAGAUAGUAUUCAGAGAAUUCAUGCCAGAUCUCUUCUGUUUAAUUGCAUAUACCAUAUGCUGAUUUUACUCGACAUCACAUUAUACAGAUGUGUAUUAACUGCAAGGAAAGUAGGCAAAUGACAAGACAUGGAUGAUAGCAUAAAUGUUCAUUUGACUUCCCUAACCUUAGAACUUUCAAGUUGAGGAUAUCUUUUAUUCCUGACAUCUGGGUUUGGUUUUUUUGUUUUCUUUUUUUUUUCUUUUCCUACAAUCCUUUCAGUUAAUAGCCCUAUAUUGUUGUGCAGGUGACCUGUGUUACAGGAUUAAAAAUGAUCUUUAUAAAUGGAAAAGGAGGCGAAAUUCUCACAGAACACCAUAUGAGCUUUAGACCAAAAGGGGAAACAAGGUGUAAGUAACUAAAAUGGCCACUUAGUUUUUGUCUUUUAUUUUUUUACCCCAGAAAUGUAAGUAGUUGGAGUUUGGGUUUUGGAAAUAUUAGUGCCUUUACUAGAUCUCUUUUCUAGCAAAGUUUCUUUUUAGCUCAGCAUUGAUCUAUCUCAUCAGUAAUCAGGAACAUAAGUCGACUUGGACCUAUAAACAAAGACAAAACAAUAUAUUUAUGAACCUCAGUGAACCAGCCUAGAAAAAUUGACUUCCGGAGGUGCUCGAGCACCUCCUGAGCCACAGCAUGUGCAGCAUUCCAGGGUGUGAGUACCGUUUUACGGCAAGUUUGCCGGGAACGUUCUCUAACGCAAACUUGAAAUUCUGAUGUGGUUUUCCAGGGUGGGAUUUUUUCAGAGUAUUGAAUUUACUAUGUAGUAAUUUAUAGUAUAGCUUUUUAUAUUAAAAUGUGAUAUUUUUAAAAGAGAUAUCUGGUUCAAUUGGUGUAAUGACGUGAUUAUACGAUAUGCUAACCUACACCUUGGGGCUCACAUUGUGCCAAACGUUAAAUGUGCAAGUGUACUUGGAAAAAAAAAAAAAGCACAUGCGAAUGUGAAUUCUCUGACUUCAUCGCUUAUCAUGUUAAAAUUGGUCUAACAACCCACUGAUGUAUAUGCUUGAUUGAAGUCUAUUUACUUCCCAGCUUUGGUUGUAAUUCAUAAUUUCUCAGAUCACCGUAGGAAAUACCUGAAUACUCUCCCAUCGGAAGGUGACUCUGUUCUGUAAGCCAAUCGCUUGACUGUGGGAGUGGCCUGGCAGCCGCCCCACUUGAUCCUUCAGAUUAGGCCCCCUCAGGUGGACUUGUGAUAACCAGAGGAAAAGAGGCUUUCUGAGAUGAGACCGCUCAUUACCUUCUUUACCUUUUUGAACCACGUAUGUUGUCUCAGUCUCAGGAAGAAUCUUCGUCCCAUCUGGGGUACUUUUACCAUAAAAGGUGGCUAAUGUGGAAUCUGGGCCAUGGCCUUGGCCUUUAAUUAUGGCUUUAAACCCAGAUAAUGGCAGAGCGAUGCAGGGCUGUUUUAGAACAGAAAACUCAGUGGAAGCUUUAUAUUAAGACCAUAUUUGAACCAGAGCCCCUAUUUUAAUUGUGUUGUAAAGUCUCCAAAACUCUUAAAUUCUUCUAAAGACUAACAUUAUUCCAGAGCAGGUUUUUUUUCCUUUUCCACCUUAUAGAGUUUUUUAAUCCAAAAUCUUAGAUUUUUAGGCCACAGCAAAAUAAAAUGAUCGGCAAAAAAAUUAAAAAUCUAUACUUAAGAAUAGUUCACCACUUUAGUGCAGAGUGCAUGCAUAUAUGACCAUAAGAUUCUUUUAAACUCUUAAAGACAGUUCAUUAGGGAAAAAAAAUAAAUUUCAGUGCAUGUGAUAUAAAUGAUUUGCACUGUGAUAGUAAAAUGAGGUUUUUGUGUUGUGUUGUGUUGUGUUUUGAAGACAGUUUGAAAUCAUUCCUCUGAAAGGCAAGACCUUAAACUCUUGUCUUUAUCUAAUAGACUUUUUUCUUCUUUUCUGCAAAUAGGCGGUCUUAUAUGGAGUAAAAAGUAUGCAACAGUAAUGCUAUAUGAACAGUAUCUGAAAGUUUCUUGGUGGUAUAAUUCCACAGCACCCUGAGAGACAUGUGGCCCCUUGGUUCAGAUCGAGUGUGAAGUUACUUAAUUUGUAUCAUCAGAACCCACUCUCGGUGGCCGUCCUCUUCAUAUGUGUUUCCCUACUGUAUCCCUCUGGAGACUGAGAAUCAAAUUACGGAGUCUUUCCUCAGAACAGUACUGUACCAUGAAUGUAUUCCUCUCAGUCACCGGAACUUAAAUGCCCCAGUGUGUGGAGCUGAUUUCCAUGCUAAAUUUGGCUUAGCAGUGUCCACUCAGGUGAGACCUAGAACAAAAACAGCUGGGGUGAAAUGGAUCCUAGAGGCAGAGGCAGAGAGAGCCCUGUGAGGAAGGAAAAGGUUUCCCAAGAACACGUGGAACAUUACUCUGAGCGUGGCCGUCCUCAGCAUCGCACACCUAACAUCAAGGAACCUUCCCCUGUGGGAGUUCUGACCUACAUUCGGUCCACCCUUUCCUGCCUGCUUUCUUUCCCCCAAGUGCCUCAACCUUCUACACGCUUGCGUCCCUCAGCCCAUCUUGGUCUGCAGGUCUUUUCACCAUCCAAACGUCACCAGCCACCUGCUGAUAGUCACCAGCAUUUACUUUUUCUGAGUUACUUUUUCUCCACUCAUUAAGAAUAUGACUUUGUCCCAGCUCCCCUAAAUCCCUCAACCAUCCAGCUACAUUUUAGCUAACCUUUACCUUGGACACCCUACCAGAUAUUAUGCAGCACUGAGUGGAAUCCUGCCCAACCCAUACUCUUCUCCCCUUUCCCGGCUGCCAAAAUAGCUUGCUGUCCUCUACCUCAUCCCCAAAGAGCCUAUAAAUUCAGAGUAUCCAACCUUUUCAUGGAUUCACUCUCUGUUGUUCAGCAAUGCUACUUCCAUAUUUUAAUAAAUCGUAGAAGAUUUUUGCCUUCUAAUCAAAGUAGAAGUCUUUAUAUUUAUACAUGAUACGGAAAUGGAACUAUUUCUAUCAUGCAGAACUUAGCGUUUAGCAGGAUUUUAACGUGAUUGAGUUACCAUCCUAACCUGGAUCUAUAUUAGGGAAUAAAUAGUGGUGUCAAUCCAAGUAAUUUGAAUGUAAAUUUAAAAUUCUCCAGCAAUUCAGAUUGAUCCGUAACCCUUCAGUGGAACAGGAAAGUUCUGGCAUAUAAAUGGGUGGUGUUUCAGAUACUUGUUUGAUUGUUGUUGCUUGGGCCUUGAAACACAGUUCUAAUAGAAGGACACAUGAUAAAAGGUGUUUAGGUGGUCCCAUUGGAUCACACAAGCCCAUUUGAUAUAUAACAUAGAUAAAAUACCACAAAAUUGGGUACAUAAGAGUUUGGACGAGCUUUCCUGGGUCAGAUUAAGCUCACCCCCUUUCUUACCCUGCUGUCAUGGGGGGGCAGGGGGGGCAGUACUGUUUGAUGAAAAAGGAAUGCAUUGACUUUGUAGUCUGUCUUCCCCUGCCUGCAUUUCAGGUAUACCCAGACUUUAUCAUUAAGGAACAAGUGCACAGAGGAGGAAGAAGCAAGUUCUUCCUCUCCGGCCAGUGCACGCUCUGUGUUGUUCAUGGAUGGAAACUCUGUCAGGUUCCUAACAUGGGGUGUGUUGCUCUACCGAUGAUUGACCUGAGGAUGAACCACCCUGUUUAGAAGUAGAGAUUAUUACAAUCUGUGGUGGUAUUUGACACUUUGCAUUCUGUUCAUGAGCAACCCAGCCUGACAGCAGAGUCUAGUAAAAUGCCUUUAACUGCCCAGGAGUGAAUUGAUGCCUCGUUAAGAAAUGAGACAAUAGUAGAUGCUGAAGGGAUGGUUUUUACUAAAUCAUAUGUCAUGAAGUGUUCAUUCUAGCUUUAAAUUAAUUAUGACUGCACCACCAUGAAGUAGAGAAUUGAAAAAGGAAAAAUGGGGGCGGGGGAAGGAAUAUCUUAUUUUUUUCCCAAUGCUUGUGGAAAUCUUUGAGAUAAUGAAACACACCCUAUAAAAUAGCCUUUAGAACAAACACACCAUUCUACUUAUAGCUGAUAAGACAACAUCAAACAUUAGUAAGUCUAAGUAUGAUAGAUAGAAUUUUUGGUAUAUAAAUUUUGCUAAAACAGUCUAUUUUUCUUGUACCCCUCGGUUGAACCUCUUAAAAAUGAAUGUAUAAUUUCCACAGAAAGAUUAUCAAAGGGGGAGAGAACCUCUGGUCUUUAAUGCUCAAGUAUUGCCCAUGACUUCUGAUUAGCUGAGUGUGUGCAUUAUGACACUUAGCAAAUGAAAGUGGCUAUACAUCUCUUUCUUAAAUUAAUCCGUCUUUACAGAUUUCCACCGACUUCCAAAUCUCGUAAGGAAGGAUCAAAAGGAAGGAUAAAGGAAACCUUUCAGUUGGGUAGGAAAAUGUUUCCUUGUGAUGUUGAGAGGCUGUUUUCUCCUUUCUGAAUUUCAUGAGUUCUCUAAAAGGAAAGGCAAGAGUUCAGUGGUGCCCUUGUUCAUCAAGGAAAGCGAGCCAAACUCUCUUAUCUAGUGCACAUUUUCUUUGCAUCCAUAGAUCUUCUCUGGAAAGAAAAUAACGAUUUUUCCCUUCCUCUUUCUCUUCACAUCUACUCUUUUCAGCUCAAAAUAAGAUAGACACAGGAAGCAAACCAAGCCAGUUUGGCAUCUUCUCCAUGCCCAAUAGAAUAGUCCCAUCACAUGCACAGUCUGAGCGAGGUGAGAAAGUACCCCGUCAGGUCAACUUGGAAUAUGGCCUUGCUCCUCGGAUUAGCUCCUUCAAACCUGAAAAUAACUUUCCUGGUCAUGGAAGAACUGGAUGUAUCCUCUAGCUUAUGAAAUAGGAUUUGAACUUGAAAUCUCUUUUAAAAAAAAAAAAUCCUGAUUUUGCAGGGCAGCUACAUGAUGAAUGUAUAUAUUAAGACUUUGUAGCUGAAUUGCACAUGAAAUCAGAUUGCCAACUUCUUGACUUUCAAUUUUAGACAUCAUUUUAUCCUUCAGUUGUGAGCGAUAUAUGUAGCAUGCUGUGAAAUGUCUAUUAUAGUUCUUUAAUUCAUCAGUAUUAAUACAGAUUUAUCUUUUGCGUUCCUUGGUACUUUUUAUUCAAUGUAAUCAGAAGCUGUGAUGUUUUGCCUUUGUAGUCCUGUGCUUUGUUACUGUAAUUUUUUUUUUUUACGAAGCACGUGACUUUGGACUAAUGUGAGGCAGAUGACAUGAUCUUUAAGACUGCUAUAUAUAUCAGUCUUACUAUAUAAGGUUUUUCAAUUAGAAUAAGCUUUUAUCAAAUAGAUCAUUGAUGCAAUUUAGGUUUCACACAGUUUUCAGCGUCAAACGGCGGUCCUAUAUUUAUAGUUUCAAUUCUGAAAAUAGCAGACUUGAUAAACAGCCACUUUAAACUCAUUCUGGCAAACCAGACCCUGCUCUAGAUGUAGUAGUCUAAGGUAGUUAACCAUAUAAGCCUUUUCAACUAUUAUGCCCUCCACGGGAGUCAGCAGUUAAGGAGAUUAUAGAACCCAUGAAAGCUUUUUGUAUGUAUAAGUAGGUUUUAUUUUUCUUAUGUUGCUGAUUUUACAAUUCUGACUAAAGCUGACCUGAAUGGAUCAGUUUAUGUGUAAUAUUCUAGUGCUUUAAUGGCUUUUUUUUUUUUGGAGGGAUGGGUAAUAUUAUUUGAACAGAUGCAGAAGGAACUGUUGGUGGGUCAAGACAAACACAUUUGAAAUAAAGGAACUGUGUAUUAAACAUGUUAACAACAAUUCAUAACUGCACUUUUUAUGACAUUUUGAAAAUCUAUUUAUAGGUACAGAACAAUGGGUUUUGUUAAACUGUAUCACAUUUAUACUUGCAGAAAUUUAUUUCAUUGUUAUUAGUAGGAAUUUUAUUGGUUCAAUAAAAUUGGCAAAACUGAA